AUGAGCUCCUCCCGCGAGCUGCGAGAUUUGCCGCUUGUGCGACUUCCGGAGCCAUACAAAACAAAAUAUGAACUAUACCAAGCUUCCUCGGGACCGAAUGGCAGGAUCUUCCAGCUUCGAUUGUCGAGCGACCAAAAUAACGGCGCCAUUUCGCCGCCAGAGCUACUGCAUCACCCUAUGCUCUACUUCAGCGAGUUAAUUCCUGGCCCUCAGGCUACCCUACCAGCUGAAUCAGAUAACACUGCUUGGGCACGGGCUUGUCGAAGUCUGGUUUCGUUUGUGACUUGGGAUGGAGAGUCGGCACCGACUGUUGGCCAGAUAUGGAUGAUAGUCUACGCGAUCUUCUCUUUGAGGCCGUCAGAAGAAUCCUUCCGCCUUUCUCUGUCGGGAGCGCAGAAAGACCAAUUAUACACCGAAUGCAAUGCGACAGGGCUUUCUACAUGUUUUCCAACUCCGGUUCAGCCUCAGCCGCUGUAUACUACCAUUGAAGAUGUUGUGGUCUCCCGAGCUGCCUUCUGGCAGGGAGCGGGUUCUCCUCUAGGAACUCGACCUGCAUGGCUUGUCCCAUCGAUAACCGGGAGCGCUAGAAAACCGCCUUCAGAAUAUCCAGCUUUCCCUCUUCAGUACACAUUGACAUCUCAACUCACAAAUCGGCCGGUACAUGCGCAACAUCCAGUGCGCCCAGCAAAACCCGCGCGCGGGGCACCGAUAUACAGCAGGUAUAUUCCACACCUGGAUGAAUUUUUCGCCAUGGACCAUCUUGAUUAUACGAAUGAAACCCAUCUCCAGCUGUUCCAUACUUGGCAGAAUGAUCCCCGAGUAGCCGUCAACUGGAAGGAGGCUGGCACUUUGGACCAACAUAGAGAAUAUCUGCGAAAGAUCGAUGAAGACCCGCACCAGAUUGCCGUAUUGGCACGAUUUGACAAUACCUAUUUCGCGUAUUUCGAGAUAUAUUGGGCUAAGGAGGACCACAUGGGCACAUAUUAUCCCGCCUUAGAUUGGGAUCGUGGCAGACACUCGCUGGUUGGUGAUGCGCGGUUCCGCGGCCCUCAUCGGGCCAUGGCAUGGUGGACCAGUCUGAUCCAUUAUAUAUUUCUUGACGAGCCUCGCACUACAUGCGUAGUCGGGGAACCAAAAGCAACCAAUGGACCGGUAUUGGGCUACGACGCAGCGCAUGGCUUCCACGUUCACAAGUGGGGAGACCUGCCGCAUAAGAGAUCUGCCAUGGUGAGGUGCGAACGGGUGCGGUUUUUCGAAGUCGUGAAUUUUGGAAAUGUGACUAGCAAUGGGACGGCAAAGCCAAGCAAAAGUAAAUUAUAG